AUGAAAUGUUCUGCGAAGCAGACGUGUGGCCUGCCGAUACUUCUAGCGCUCUGCGUCCCCGAUCCCGGCGGCCCCGCCCAUAGCCAUGUGAUUUUUGGGUCGAUUCCACCUGAAUCGUGCCUCUCUGACCCUUCUAUCUCUCCCUGGAUCGAGAAAUACGGAUCCGCAACAACAUUGCGCCACCGGCCCCCCCUUCCCUUCCUCUUUUGUGUGCUUCCCAAUCCAUCCCGAGAUAGACGCUGCGGAGGUUGGCCUGCUAGCAGGGCGCGGGGCUGGCGAGCGUCGAGGGGUCGCAGCAGUAGAGGGGGAGGUCAGACAUGGCGGGGAGUAGGCGGCGAGGUGCGCGGCAAUGAAGGCGUUCCGCUCGGCGAUCUCUUCCGAUGGAGCGGGAGGUGGUUGGAGGAGGAGGAGGCGGGCGCCCCUGCAAUUCGCGAGGCCGAGGAGAGCAGCGGUUGGCCCCACAGCGAGGCCAACGAGAGGUUGAGUCGCUCGAGCGCCGGGAACAAGAAGAUCGGCGGGAGCAGCAGGAAGUUGGGAGUCGACGGGUCCCCGCGCAGCGCCAUCGCGCCCUGCGUCACCCGGUCCGCCGCCAGCAGCCUGCCGCACUCCAUCGAGGCCCGGUGCCACGACCGAGGGUCGCCCAGGAAGCCUGGGAGUGGACAUCCAGGAGGCGACGUGACAGCGAAGGCGACAAGAACGGCGUCGCAAUGGCUGCCGGGCAGCAGUUUCACACUACCACACCGCCCUUGGCUUCAAAAUCUGGGUGACUACACAUCAUGCACGCUACCAGGUUUUCUUCUACAGCAACUCCGCAGCUUUCGUGACAUCUCUGGGAGCACCAGAGAUGCAAAAAGGUCCAUCUAUGUUGUCAUCGUGAUUGGCCUUAUCCUCAUCUACAUCGCCGUCCAUGUUUGUGCGGUAGGCCUGAAGGAGAACGUGGUUGCUGAACCUGUUCCUGUUCCUGCUGCUACUACAUCUGCUCCUGCUUUUGCAAGGCGAGUAGCUGGGGAACGAAGCAGCAACCAGCAGCUGGAUGACAAUGGUCAAGUGCUGCGUCUAAUCGCCAUCUUAGCCGCGGCACUUACGUACCAAGCCGGGCUGUCCCCGCCUGGCGGCUUCUGGCCGGCGGAUGACGAGCAGCUUGGCCACCGCGCGGGCUACCCCGUCCUGCUCGACAACUACCCGCGCCGCUACAGUGCCUUUUUCUACUGCAACGCCGUCAGCUUCAUGGCGUCGGUGGCUGUCAUUCUACUCCUCGUGAACCAAAAGCUGUACAGGCGAGUGAUACGGGGCUACCGGCUCCACGCGUGCAUGGCGUUGGGCAUGUACGCUCUCAUGGGUGCCUAUGCUUCCGGGAGCUCCCGCCAUCUCAAGACUAGCAUCUACAUGCUGACCAUGGUGAUGGCGGUGGUACUACUGCCGGUAUGUAUCUUCUCAUACAACCGCUUCGUCAGGUACAGGAUCAAGCAUCAAGUUGAGCCUACAACAAGACCACGACGACGACGAGAGAGGGCUGAGAAAGACGAGCAGCUUGAGUACCUGAUGCUGCUAGGGGUCCUAGCUGCAAGUGUGACGUACCAGAGUGGCCUGCGACCGCCAGGUGGCGUGUGGCAAGAGGACAGCGCCGCCUAUUCCGCCGGCGACCCGAUGCUAUUCGACAUCAACAGGCGCCGGUACGACAUCUUCUUCUACAGCAACUCCGCUUCGUUCAUUGCUUCCGUCGUCGCCAUCGUCAUGCUGCUCCCGUUGACGCUUAGCAACCUAGAGCGGCUACGGCACUGCCUGCCGUUCCACACCGGUGACCCCAAGUGGGCGCUCUGGCCGGUCCACGCUGCCCUUUUGCUGGACAUGCUCGGCCUCCUGGUGGCCUACGUGGCAGGAAGUACCAGGAAUUGGGAGUCGUCCAGGAAUGUGACAUUCCUUUUCGUCCCCCUGCUCGUCUACAUUUCGGCCUACCCACUAGUAGUGGCGAUAUUCAUUCGUAACAAACACCGCAGAUCCCCCCAGCAGUCAAGGAUGCAAGCAGUAGAACAAAUGCGGCCAGAAGUUUAGUAUUCAAUCCUGUUUCUCCCUCUUAGAUACCCUGUAUUGUAUUGUUUUAUUUGCACGUACAUGCAUGGAGCUGUUGUGUUCUUGUGGUCGUGCAUCCGUCACCGCAAUCUCUUUCCUAGGUCAGUAUUGUUUAAGCUGGCAAACUCAAAUGUUAAUGGACAUUUUUCUACAUGCAUUUCUUCUUCUUUUUUGCGGGGAUAUUUUGUAUGCCUUUCAACAAAUCAUUUGGAGAAAAAAAUAUCU